AAGAUGAAGAUAUUGAAGAAAUACAAGAUGAUUCAAUAAAUGAAUAUGAUAAAUUAUCAGAAUCAUUUAUAAAUGUUUUAAAAUUAUUAGAAGUUAAACAAAAAUAUAAUCUUACUGAUUAUGCUUCUAAUGAUAUUUUAAAUAUUUUUGCUAAUGAUAGAUUUAAACUUCAAUUUAAUGAUCCUAAAAGAGCUUUAGAUUUAGAAUAUAGAUCUCAAUAUAUAAAUAAUGAGGAAUAUAGUAAUGAUAAUAUUAGUGAUAUAUUUGAUGAAAACCUUUACAAAGAAUUAGCAAAUAAUGGGUAUUUUUCUGAUGAAAGAGAUAUUGCUUUAAUAUAG